AUGCCAGUUGCGGUGAUGGCGGAAAAUCCGGUGUCAUAUCAGAGGCUUCUAGAACAGUUCGAGGAACAAGAGCUGGAGGCUCCUGGUGGUGUGGCUACUCCCCACAUCUACAGCCAGCUGCUGGCUCUGUAUCUUUUACACAAUGAUAUGAAUAAUGCUCGUUAUCUGUGGAAAAGGAUCCCACAGCCUGUUAAAUCUGCCAAUGCAGAGAUUGGUUGGAUUUGGGAGGUAGGUCAGAGGAUCUGGCAAAGAGACUUUCCAGGGAAUAUAUACCUCCAUAGCUGCCCAUCAGUGGUCUGAAAAUAUACAGCCUAUCAUGGAGGCAGUAAGAGAUGCAACACGACGGCGAGCCUUUGGACUUGUAGCACAAGCGUACACAUCAAUUUGUGCAGAUGAUUUAGCAGCAUUUGUUGGACUUCCUGUUGAGGAAGCUGUAAAAGGAGUUCUAGAACAAGGUUGGCAGGCUGAUUCUGCCACACGUAUGGUAAUGCCGAAGAAAAAAGAAACCAGAUUCUGCUCCCCUGUCUCUGAUCCCCAACGAACAGCAGCUGGCGAGACUCACUGACUACGUGGCCUUCCUAGAGAACUAG